AUGGGUUUAACAAAAGAAGAAAAGAAAGCAAAAAAGGAGGCAAAGCGACUUGAAAAACUCAGAGCUGAAACUGAAGCACGUAAGGCAGCAAAACGUCUGGAACUACAACGUGAAUUAGCAGCACAAGCUCAAAAAAAAGGUGAAUUAGAUAAAACAUGGCGUGAACUGAUGCUAAAAAUUAAAGAACCUGAGUUUAAACAAGAUAUUGAAGUGAUGUGGCACGUCUUCGAGCGGGUCUAUGACAAAAAAGAUCAUCUCAUAAAACAUACAAUGAAACUAAUGGACACGGCCGAUGACCAAUUUCAACGUACAGUUGCAAGUUUUUGCGAUACAAUCGAUAACAUGAUUAUCAAAUUCUUAUCUGAUUUAGACGAGUUGUCUAAGGAUAAUGACCGAAGGACAGCCGAGUUAUUGAAAGAAGGUGAAGAUGACGCAGCUCGCAUAAUGUCAGACCAUAAUACAGCUGAGACACACUUACAACUACUUCUGUACCAUGCACAUACUACUGCAGAUAAUUUAGCGUGGUCAAACCGAGGAGAAAAUCUGGUGAAACAAGAUGAAGAUACUAAUAAAUAUUCUAGUGAAAGAGAAAAUCUAAGGUCUAUUCUUGAGGACAAAUAUAACUCCGUUUGGGAAGAGUAUAAAGCGGUUCUAAAAUCUUAUAUACUUGAAACUGCGGACAAUCAAAAGCAAGUACGUAAAUUGCGUCGCAAAGAAAAUUUAAUGGCUGAUAUUAUUGCUUCACAAAGUAAGAAAAUCGCUAAUAGUGACGGAAUGCUUAAACGUCUUCGCACAGAGCUAGCUGCAUAUGAAUCAGGCACGAAACAAGCUGUGUUUAGGGAUCGACGUAACAGACACCGAGCGGCUUGUCACAAGCUUAAAAGACGUUUAAUAAAUGGAUGCGCCCUUGAUAUGCAUCAGAUGAUUACACUUGUCAAAUGUACUGAUGGUGCUAUAGAAUGGCUCGAGUCUGCAGCUAAAAAAGGUGACAAGAUCCUUCGUAUGGCGGCCCUUUGUAGGAAAUUUGAAAGUCAACGCGAAAAAGUUUUACCUUACGGAUCAUACGGGCCACAUUCGCCGGUGCAAGUGAAAACUAACAUAAAACCGUCGAAGUCCGACGAAUCUUUGGUUUGCAAUGCUAUAUCUUCAACUUGUGGCUUGACGAGACUCUGGCAACGCCUAUCGAAAGCUGAUUUGAUCAAGAGAGCUUUAGAACGCGAAAAACACUUAUUAGAACUUGAAAAUGCUUAUAUUAUUAAAAAGAUUCAGCAACAGAAGGAAAGCACUUCUGGCCCUGAAAUCAAACAAUGUAGAUGUGAUCCUGAUAGAAAAAAGGGAACUGUAAAUCGACCUGUAGCAAUAGAAGGAAUUUUCGAGGUUAAUAAAUAUAAAAUAAUUUAA